GGAAAACCACCAAAGAGAGUCUCAUGUAAUGGCGAAAUAGCCACGUCAUCACUUGUUACCUUUCCCUUUCUUCAAUAAAAAGAAACUUCUUUUGAAUCAAAAUCCUUAUACAACUCUUGUUCUGCUUCUUUCAAUUCACUCAAAAGACUUCCAAUUGCAUAUAAUUGUGAAAAUUUACUCAACUGGAUAAUAGGUAUAAGCGACUACCUUUUUGAAUCAUACUCAUUGAUGGUGCAUGUAAGCUGGGGUGUACAUUUCUACUGAAAAAUUGGUACAGAGCUUUAUUGCAAUAGUUCGAAGUUGGGGCCUUAAAAAUGUCGAGCGGAGAUGGCCCUAAAGUCUCUUGUGAAGAAAUACAAAUGGUGCAAAAUCGGAUUGAGUACUGUCUUCGGCAAUACAUGAGUCGGAAAGAAGUUGUGAACACUCUCUUCAUCCAGGACAACAUAGAGCCUACAUUUACUGAACUCGUUUGGCAGAAACUAGAAGAAGAAAAUCAGGAAUUUUUCCAAGCAUAUUACCUGAAGCUGAUGGUGAAAGAGCAAAUAAUUGAAUUCAACAGGUUGCUUUCGGAACAGGUGAAGAUGACGCAGCAAGUUCCAAGUGCAAUUGCUUCUCUACCUAUGUCUAAUGGGUGUAAUAUUAUGCCAAUGCAUCAAAGUUCAACUUGUGGUGCUGCGGAAAAUGUUGGAACUGCUGCAAAGCCUAAUGGCAUGCACGAACCUGUACAUGCUGAUAGACCCAAUGCAUUCAGUAACAGCAGCUCAUCUGUUCUCUCUUGCAUGCAAACAACAAUUGAUAUUCCUUCUCAAAGCAGGAAAAUUGAUGGUCCUCCUAGUAUGUUUUUGGGCCAGCCCUCUAACAUGGGGAUGAGACAAACAAUGGAUGGGAGGAUUAUUAAGACAGAACCUAUCUAUGGUGGCAAUUCUCCGUUUGCCUUUGGUCCUCAUGGCACUUACUUGGAGUCACGUUCUGCAAUGGGCGAUGCAUCUGUUUCAUCGUUUAGUAGUGUGGAGUCGAACACACAACCUCUUAAUGAACCUCUUCUGGAUGCUGACACUUCUUCGUUUGGAUAUCUAGGGGAUAUACCUCAAAAUUUUGGUUUCUCAGACUUGACUGUUGAUUUCACUAAUAGUUCUGAUAUAUUAGGGAGCUACUCUAGGACUCCCUUUCUAGCAACAGAUACUGGCAACUUGCUCGAUUCAAAUGGAGGCAUUGAGAGGUUAACCAAUCCAUCAGAGAAAUUGAGAUACACUAAUUUCAGUGGAGAUUGAUUGUGUAUAGAUUCGAUCAAAACACAUACACGACGAUAGCUUUUGUAUAUUGCUGGCUGCUCAAGUGGUUUAGAAUAAUUGGAUUUUCUGGUAUUGUAGGUUGAGGUUGUCAUCAUGGAGAAUAAUUCAAACAUGAAAGAUUUCAGUAGAGAUCUUUGUACAAAGAGUUAAAUGUGAUUUAGAACAUUGUUAUUUUAUCCACGUAUAGCAUACUGUCUGAUUUUUAGUGUAACUAUGAAACAGUAUUGAAGUUUUAGUGCAUAUCGGACCUGAAAAUUUCAGCA